UCAGUACCGAAUACAUACAGUUUGUUACAGCUCUAGCGUUGUUUGAGUAUUAUUUUUACUUACUUUAAGUUCUUAAAAUGUAAUAAUUAUUAAAAGUGAAGUGUAUAAAAUCAGUAUUUGCAAUAGUUAAAUUCCACCACAUUUCUCUCCCGGCUAUGUAUCUGCGAGAUGAGCGGAGUUUUCAACCGCUGUAGAGUGAGCACGGAGCAGCUGGACAUACUGCUAAAUUUUAUGGAAGAACACCCCGAGUUUGCGGCGGGCAAGCAGUCGAUCUACUCGCGGUUCAGCUCAUCCAAGCUGUGGCGGUUGUUGGCCGAGCGUCUCAACGCGGCUGCGCCCGACUCCGGCGGCGCUCGCAAGAGUCCUGACAAGUGGUGCCGGUAUUGGGCAGAUAUAAAGUACAAGGCAAGAAAGAAGUCAGCUGCUGGAGGUGCACUGGGAGAUCUGUCUUCUGCGGAGGAGCGGCUGCGGAACAUACUCAACAGUGGACUUAGAGAAUCGGGCGCGGGCCAGUCGGACGAGGAGCGCAAGCCGCUGGAGGAGGACAUGUGCUCGGAGGGCUCGGAGCCGGCGCCGCGCCUCGGCGGCGAGGAGCUGCUGGCGGAGGCGGCCAUGCGGCAGGCGCUCGCCGCCGAGAAGCAGGCCGAGGCUGUCACACAGGCGGUGGAGCUGCUGCGCGAGCUGGUGUCGGUGGUGAAGGAGCGCGUGCUGCCGCCCGACCACCUCGCCCUGCACCACCACCGGCUCUAACGGCGCUGUUCCUCGUCAGCAGAUCCUAAUCAAAAUUUGAUCGAAUCGGGGACUUUGUUGGUGAAAGGCAAAUAAUCAGGGUAUCCCAAAAUAACACCUGCAUGAAAGAUGAAAGUGAUGGACGAAGCAAAAAACGUCCCUAAAAAAUAUCUCAAAUUUGCCUUAUAGGGGAUCAGGUGGUGGUUCAAAGUCGUCGUAAAGUAACAGUGGGUGCGAGGUAUUGUGAAAUAAAAGAAGCAAGAACGAUGUUAAAUAUUUAAUUUUUGAGAAGUACUUUGGUGUGUUUGUCGGGCGCGGUGGCGGCGAGCCCCAGCGCCUCGCGCACCAGCCCGAAGGUGUCGUCGGCGCGCAGGCGCGCGGUGGCGGCGCCGGCGCGCAGCACGUCGCGCAGCAUGUCGGGGCGCGCGCGCAGCUCGAGGAAGCGCUCGCGCACGGGGCGCAGCUUGUCGCACAGCGCGCGCGCCACCUCCAGCUUGAACUGCGCCGUGGAGAGCCCGGCCGCCUCCUCCACGGCCUCCUCGGGCAGGCGCGCGGCCGCCAGGCAGUACAGCUGCACCAGGUUGGACACGCCGGGCCGCUCCUCCGGCGCGUACGUCACCUGCCGCACGGACUCCAAUGUUACACUGUUGGUCACCAUAGCAAUCAUAAUGCUGGACACGCACGCCUGCGACUCUGAAUGGAAUGUAGUUUAGGAUACGUUUUGGAAAUAAACUUGAAUAUUUUUUUUUUCAAAUACAAUAGUAUCAGCCCAAUCAAUUUAUACAAAUACAUCAUAGAAUAUAAGAAUGAGUAUUGCAUUUUAACAAUAAACGUUAAUGUAAAAUAA